AUGACCGACAAAGUCACCCUCACUCCCCGAGAAGCCGUGGUCGAUGCAUUCCACCGCUGCCUCCAGGGCAUUGACAACAACGACCAUGCUCUCUUCGAAUCAGCAUGCUUGACAAACGAGACCAUGGCCAUCGUCGCCGGCUCUACGACUCUCGACGGCUGGACCGCGAUCAACGAGUUCUUCGAGAGGCUCUUUGCCCUGGUUACCUCGCACAUGACGAGCAAUAUCCGUGUUCAGAUGGAGGACGGCGCAGAUACGGCGUCUUUGACUGCUCAUGCCCUUGCGCAUCAUAUCAGGCCGGAGGAUGCGUUCAAGGCGGAGGAUACGUCUUACACAGCUUCGUCGUUGUAUUUCCUCAACCUUGUUAGGGAUGGACGGGAUGGGUUGUGGAAGAUUAAAAAGUGGGAGAUAAAGGCACAAUGGACUACGGGGGACAUCAAUAUUCUUCAUGGGUGA